AUGGCGACAGGCGGCAGCGGCGGGCCCGGGGCUGCGGCUGCUACCCUGAGGUCGGGGUGUGGUUCGGGGCCGGCUGUGGGGUUGCGGCGCGGGGCUCACCGUGCUUCUUUCCCUCCACAGUCGCCUCGCAGUGACAGGAGGACGGGCCAGCGGGGCGGCGGGGCCGCCAGGAGCGGGCCCUACACCCUCAGCCGGGCCCCCGCCGCGCUGCAGAGGCAGCGAGAGGUGGCCAGGGCGGCGCUGCGGCGGCACGGGCUGCUGGGGGGGCCCGGUAAGCACCCAACCAAGCCGGCAGCCAAAAGGUCAGUGAAGUUUCACAAGGGCUACGUGGCACUCAGCCAGACAGCAGAUGAAAGCCUGGUGUCCCUGGACUCAGACAGUGACGGGGAGCUGGAAUCGAGGGGCUCCUCCGGCUACUCCUCUGCCGAGCAGGUGAACCAGGACCUGAGCCGGCAGCUGCUGCAGGACGGGUACCACCUGGACGAGGUCCCAGAUGACGAGGAUCUGGACCUCAUCCCUCCCAAACCCGCCGCCACUUCCUCUUGCCCAUGCUGCUUUGGGGAUUCUCUCUCCUGUGUGGUCCAGUAGGUGGUGCUCACGCGGGACACCUCAAAAGCUGCCACGUUCCAUAUCCCUUGGGAUGCCUGGUAACAUCCCAAGAACUUCUUGUACAGAGCAAUAUCACGGGGGUGGCUCAGUGACAUAUAGCCACAUGGGUGUCAUUUGUCACCAGGGUAAAGAGGGGAAGGCAAUGGGGAUUCACACUAGUCCCAUUCUUCAGACUUGAACAGCUCAGACACUACGCACCCAGACUGCCCUAAAACCAAGACCCCACCUCUACAAGGACAGCGCUUGACACGGUCCUCCUGAAUCUGUUCAUUAAGCAAAAAAAGGUCAUAUUUGGAGCAACUCCCCAAGCUAGGCACAGUUACAUUCUUCCUUAUGUCUGUGCAUCUUCCUCACGCUGCCAGCUGUCCAGCUGUGCAGGGCAGGAAGGUGCCCAAAGGGCUGCUUGCUUUUUCUUGGGAUAGAUGUGUUUUUCUUUCCUGUUAGAUACAAAAAGGGGCUGAUGGCCUCUUGUGUUUUAUUUAUGAUGUAUUCCCCCCUGGGGGCCCUUCGCAGCUGUUGCAGUGCAGCUCAGCCCAUUUGGGCACUGAUUUGGGGCAGGAAAGUUCUGCCUGGUGCGGGUUUUAUAAGCUGCCUUAAAUCACGGUCCUGCUGUACUAUAGAGGACAAUCAGCUUCUUAAAAAGAAACCUUAUUUAAAUAAUCUAUGUCUAAAGAAUUGAAGAUUUUUGGUAUACUCCUUGUUGGAGGAAGCACUCAAUAAACUGGAUCUUGUUACUCAAA